CUUUCCCUCAGCCGCACAGAGUCGGGUGAGAAUCCUGAGGGAACGGAAAAGGCGUGAGAGUGCUUCGAAAAGGAAGGCGUUCGAGGCCGUUUUCCCAACCGUCUCAACCGCUCGGCUCGGAGUGAGCAGGCGGCGCUUUCUCGGGACGCCGUAGUCGACGGCUGAGGAGAAAGAGAGCCCCUUGGCUUGCUUCCUUCCUUCGCUCCGAAGGGCUGCCGUUGAACCGUCGGCACUCGCGACAGGGAGGCCUCGGCGCCAGGUUUCUCUCCGCUUCUUCCCCGGGAGAUUCCUCUCCCAUUUCGACUGCUUGUUUGAGCUUGGUGCUUCCUACUUUUACACACCAUGAGCCCAACUGAUUCCAAACGUUGUGCUACCAAGCGCAGGAAGAACAAGAGAUCUACUGGUCUGGUCUCUUCAAAUCUAGUUGAUGAUUUGGAGGUGAAGUCUGUGGCCCCUCCUCCUUCAACCACCACCUCCUCAACCCCAUCAACUUCUUCUGUGGCCUUCUCUUUUCAGACAUCUGCCACUGCUGCUUCUCCUAGCAAUGAAAAUAGUGUUCUGUUAGAAACUGACACAGCCAUACCAUCAAUUUCCAGUGAAACGAUAGGGAAGAGUGAAGUUCCCAAAAAGCGCUGUGGAGGAACAAUUAAUUCUAGGCAAACUUGCAAGCGAAGCAGAAUAUCUACCUUAUCUACUGACAGUUCUUCACAAGUAGAACCUAUUGAUCUUGAAGAAACCCCUUGUGAAGAAGUAGUAGACCUCACUUGUGAAUCUUCAGACCCAGUUGUAGUUGAUCUGACUCGCAAUGAUUCUGUUGUUAUAGUUGAAGAAAAUAUUUGUCAACAGCGAAACCAACAUUUAAGAAGCCAACAACUUCCUGACAGUUGUGUUCUGAGCAGUGAUGAUGACGAACCAAGAGAUAAUGAUGUAGUGUUGACUGAUACACUGCCCAGGGAAUUGGAAUUGCUGGAAGAUGGCAUUUCAAGUACACGACGUUCAGGUACUGUGAGUUGCCCGAUUUGCAUGGAUGGAUACUCAGAAAUUGUACAGAGUGGAAGGCUCAUUGUGUCAACAAAAUGUGGUCAUGUUUUCUGUAGUCAGUGCCUCCGGGAUUCUCUAAAAAAUGUUAAUUCUUGCCCAACUUGUAGGAAGAAACUUGGUUACAAACAGUAUCAUCCAAUUUAUAUAUGAAGCUUUAGAUUCUUCUCCAAAGAAUCUGAAUUGAACUUUGAAAGAUGCUUCAUAAAAUUUUAAUACCACAAAUAAUAAAGAACUACAGAUUACAUAUAUGCCAAAUUGUGAUGCUUAUUUGUUGACUUUUCUGGUUUGUUUUUCUAUUGAUCUGUCUUAUACAUAAGCUCAUUUUUGUUUUAUUUUUCAUGCUAGCAAGUUGGCUUUAUCCCUCAUCAGGGUAAAUAAUUAUUUGAAGGACUAUCUGCAGCAAGGAAAGCACCUUGUGUUUCCAUGCCACUUUUGAAAAAAAAGGAAGAUGUCCUCCUCUCGAAGAGACUGCAUGAAUAUUCUUUUCAUUUGAGACUUUAAAGUCAUUAAAUUCAAGAUGAUGAAAGUAAAAGUGACAAGCAAUUAGAAAGCCUGCAGUUUUUAGUGCACUUCACUAUAAUAAUCAAAUCCAAUGCCAUGGGAAGCUGCUCAUCGUGUGUGAACUUCUGAAUUUCCAAGAGGCUGGACUUUGUAGCCAUAUUGCAACAUACAUCUGAUAUAAAAUGUGCAAAUAUUUUAUUUGAAGGCAUGCUUUGCUCAUACUUUUUGAUGUUCCGAAGCCUAAUCUUUGCAUACGCAUACAUUGAAAAGGACCUCCUUAACUUCUCCCCUUCUGAGAAGGAUGUGAAAUUAAGCUGUGGUGAAACAAGCUUAUUUUAGCCCUCUACGUAUUCAUGAUACAAUGUUUAAUGACUUGACUUUAAAAAAUUACUAUGUAUUAACAAGUUCCUAUUGCUG